CCGGAUGUGGCGAAAAUGUUUGGCGCUCCUCUCAGGGUUUGCGGUCGGAAAACAUUUUAUAAUUCAGGUUGACGGCUCCGUCCGGGCUCGCGCGUCGACAUUUUGGGCUGUUUUUCUUCCAACGAUGAGUUGGAUUUAAAACGGAUCUUUUCAAUGUGGAUUCGAGGAUGCAAGAAGCAGAUGAACAGUCUGAAGGUAAAAACGGGGCACAGUAUGCCAGCAACAAAAGGACGACUCCCUCCACUGACGCCUGGUCAGAAAGCCACACCCGUUUGCACCAGCUCCAUCCACCUGAGCCCCUGCAGGCCCCGUCCAGCACUGGCAAACCCGUUGGCUCCUCUACCGGCCUCCUCGGGGCCAACAGUGGCAUCCAGAACCCUGGUGGCACUGGUACUGGUGUCAGCCCGGUCCUUGCUUGGCAUGCCGCCAUUAGCGCUGCUCGCCAAGCGCAGGGCGAUGUUGAAAAGCCCGACAUGACUUCACGGCCCUCAGUUUGCACCACUGGAACAGCUCCUGUGGGCUCACUGGCACAGAGGAAGAGGCAGCAGUACGCCAAAAGCAAAAAACAGGGGGGAUCUACCAACAGCAGGCCACCCAGAGCUCUAUUCUGCCUCACCCUCAACAACCCCAUCCGCAGGGCCUGCAUCAGCCUGGUGGAGUGGAAACCAUUUGAUAUCUUUAUACUGCUGUCUAUUUUUGCCAACUGUGUGGCCUUAGCCAUCUACAUCCCUUUCCCCGGAGACGACUCCAACUCUACCAACCAAGAACUGGAAACAGUAGAAUAUGCCUUCCUGAUCAUUUUCACUAUAGAGACAUUUCUGAAGAUUAUUGCCUACGGCCUGGUCAUGCACCAAAACUCCUACGUUAGAAAUGGCUGGAACAUGCUGGACUUUGUCAUCGUCAUAGUGGGGUUGUUCAGUGUGGUUCUGGAGAUGAUAACCAAAGACGCUGACUCUGGCGGACAGUCUGGAGGCAAACCUGGAGGGUUUGACGUCAAGGCCCUCCGAGCCUUUCGCGUGCUACGACCCCUUCGCCUUGUCUCUGGAGUUCCUAGUUUACAGGUGGUGUUAAACUCCAUUAUUAAAGCCAUGGUUCCCCUCCUUCACAUUGCUCUUCUGGUCCUCUUUGUCAUUAUCAUCUACGCCAUCAUCGGCCUGGAGCUCUUCAUUGGGAAAAUGCAUGCCACGUGCUACGUGAUACAAACAGGUGCCCUCGCAGAAGAAGAGCCCACGCCGUGUGCAGUAUCAGGGCAUGGCCGUCAUUGCCUGCUCAAUGGUACACUUUGCAAAGAGGGCUGGCAAGGCCCCAACAACGGCAUCACCAACUUUGACAAUUUUUUGUUUGCCAUGCUCACUGUGUUCCAGUGCAUCACCAUGGAGGGCUGGACUGAUGUUCUCUAUUGGAUGAAUGAUGCAAUGGGCUUUGAGCUGCCAUGGGUCUACUUUGUCAGUCUGGUCAUCUUUGGAUCCUUCUUUGUUCUCAACUUGGUUUUGGGUGUGUUGAGCGGAGAGUUUUCCAAAGAGCGAGAGAAGGCCAAGGCUCGGGGAGAUUUCCAGAAGCUACGUGAGAAACAGCAGCUAGAGGAAGACCUGAAAGGCUACCUGGACUGGAUCACCCAGGCCGAGGAUAUCGAUCCCGAGAAUGAGGAGGAAGGAGACGAGGAGGGCAAGCGUAACCGGGUCACGCUGGCUGACCUCACUGAGAAGAAGAAAGGAAAGUUUGGCUGGUUCACUCAGUCAACAGAGACACAGGCGAGCAUGCCCAGUGAGACAGAGUCAGCAAACACAGAGAAUCACAAUGGAGAGGAGGACAAAUCCCGCUGCUGUGGGCCGCUGUGUCAAAAAAUUACUAAGUCAAAGUGCAGUCGUCAAUGGCGACGGUGGAACCGUUUCUGCCGCAGGAAGUGUCGUGCAGCCGUGAAGUCUGUGACAUUUUAUUGGCUGGUCAUCAUCUUGGUGUUCCUCAACACUCUCACCAUCGCCUCUGAGCACUACAAUCAACCAAACUGGCUGACGGAAGUACAGGACGCAGCCAACAAAGUUCUCCUGGCGAUGUUCACCUUGGAGAUGCUAGUGAAGAUGUACAGUUUGGGGCUACAGGCGUACUUUGUGUCCCUGUUUAACCGCUUCGACUGUUUUGUAGUGUGUGGAGGAAUCGUGGAGACCAUCCUGGUGGAGCUGGCCAUCAUGUCUCCACUGGGAAUCUCUGUUUUCCGUUGCGUACGACUCCUUAGGAUCUUCAAAGUUACACGUCAUUGGGCAUCUCUCAGUAACCUGGUGGCCUCUCUGCUCAACUCCAUGAAGUCCAUCGCCUCCCUGUUGCUGCUGCUCUUCCUCUUCAUCAUAAUUUUCUCCCUGCUUGGCAUGCAGCUUUUUGGGGGCAAGUUCAACUUUGACGAGACUGUGACCAAAAGGAGCACAUUUGAUAAUUUCCCCCAGGCCCUACUCACUGUGUUCCAGAUCUUGACAGGAGAAGACUGGAAUACUGUGAUGUAUGAUGGUAUCAUGGCGUACGGCGGUCCGGCCUCCUCAGGAAUGGUGGUCUGCAUUUACUUCAUCAUCCUCUUCAUCUGUGGAAACUACAUUCUGCUGAACGUCUUCUUGGCCAUCGCUGUCGACAACCUGGCAGACGCAGAAAGCCUCAACACAGCACAGAAGGAGGAAGAGGAGGCCAAGAAGAGGAAGAAUAGUGCCAAGGAUGCAAGCGCAGAUAAGAGAGUUGAAACAAUAGACAUCAAGGACGGAGAGACCAAGGUUCCAGCAGAGGUCUUGCUGGAGGAAGACAAGGAGUCGUACCCUGCCAUCGACUCUCCAGUGUGUGACGAUGACGACGAUAAUGGCGUUCUCCCAGAAGUCCUGCCAGGGCCUCGCCCUCAGAGGCUGUCUGACCUCACCAUCAAAGAGAAGACUCCACCCAUCCCAAUGGGCAGCGCCUUCUUCAUCUUCAGCAGCACUAACCCAUUUCGCGUAUUCUGCCAUAAGCUGAUCAACCAUCAGAUCUUCACCAACCUCAUCCUGGUCUUCAUCAUGCUCAGCUCCGUCUCUCUGGCUGCUGAGGACCCAAUACGCAACUUCUCUGCUCGCAAUAUCAUCCUAGGCUAUGCAGACUAUGUCUUCACUAGUAUGUUUACAUUUGAGAUCCUUAUUAAGAUGACAGCGUUUGGAGCGUUCCUUCAUAAAGGGGCGUUCUGUAGAAACUACUUCAACCUUUUAGACCUGCUGGUCGUUGGUGUGUCUCUGGUAUCCUUUGGCAUUCAGUCCUCUGCUAUCUCAGUGGUGAAGAUUCUCCGUGUUUUGAGAGUCCUCCGUCCACUCAGGGCCAUCAACAGAGCCAAGGGACUAAAGCAUGUGGUCCAGUGUGUGUUUGUGGCCAUCAGGACCAUCGGCAACAUCAUGAUCGUCACCACUCUGCUGCAGUUCAUGUUCGCUUGUAUCGGCGUGCAGCUCUUCAAGGGUAAAUUUUAUCGCUGCACAGAUGAUGCAAAAUCCAGCCCAGAUGAAUGCAAAGGCACCUACAUUCUGUACAACAAUGGGGACACAGCGCUGCCCAUGGUGAAGGAGAGGAUCUGGUACAAUAGCGACUUUAACUUUGACAACGUCCUCAUGGCCAUGAUGGCUCUUUUUACUGUCUCCACAUUCGAAGGAUGGCCCACUCUCCUGUACAAGGCCAUCGACUCCAACAGAGAGAACAUGGGUCCCAUCUACAACUACCGAAUCGAGAUCUCCAUCUUCUUCAUUAUCUACAUCAUCAUCAUCGCCUUCUUCAUGAUGAACAUCUUUGUUGGUUUUGUUAUUGUCACCUUUCAGGAGCAGGGGGAGAAGGAGUACAAGAACUGUGAGCUGGAUAAGAACCAGCGUCAGUGUGUGGAAUAUGCUCUUAAAGCUCGUCCUCUGCGGCGCUACAUCCCCAAAAACCCCUACCAGUACAAGUUCUGGUAUGUGGUCAACUCUACUGGCUUUGAAUACGUCAUGUUUGUCCUAAUCAUCCUCAACACCCUGUGUCUGGCCAUUCAGCAUCAUGGUCAGUCUCAUCUGUUUAACUAUGCCAUGGACAUCCUCAACAUGGUCUUCACUGGGGUUUUCACUGUGGAGAUGAUACUCAAGCUCAUCGCCUUCAAACCCAGAAACUAUUUUGCUGAUGCAUGGAACACGUUUGAUGCCUUAAUUGUUGUGGGUAGCGUGGUUGACAUUGCCAUCACUGAGAUCAAUUCGGCAGCCAUUCCUGUCGUCAAGGUGAUAGUGGAGCCAGGGAACACAGAGGACAGCGCUCGUAUCUCCAUCACCUUCUUCCGCCUGUUUAGAGUGAUGCGGUUGGUCAAACUUCUGAGCCGGGGGGAGGGCAUCAGGACUCUGCUGUGGACUUUCAUCAAGUCCUUCCAGGCUCUUCCUUACGUUGCACUCCUGAUCGCCAUGCUGUUCUUCAUCUAUGCUGUAAUUGGAAUGCAGGUGUUUGGGAAAAUAGCCAUGGUAGAUGGGACACAAAUCAACCGCAACAACAACUUUCAGACCUUUCCUCAAGCUGUCCUGAUGCUCUUCAGGUGUGCCACAGGUGAGGCCUGGCAGGAGAUCAUGCUAGCCUGUCUGCCGGGGAAGCUGUGUGAUUCAGAGUCGGACUACAACCCUGGAGAGGAAAGAACCUGUGGCAGCGGCUUUGCCAUUAUAUACUUCAUCAGCUUCUACAUGCUCUGUGCUUUCCUGAUCAUCAACCUGUUUGUUGCUGUCAUCAUGGAUAACUUUGACUAUCUGACCCGUGAUUGGUCCAUUCUUGGGCCGCAUCACCUGGAUGAGUUUAAAAGGAUCUGGUCUGAAUAUGACCCUGAGGCCAAGGGCAGGAUAAAGCACCUUGAUGUGGUGACUCUGCUGAGGAGGAUCCAGCCUCCACUUGGGUUUGGCAAGCUCUGCCCUCACAGAGUGGCCUGUAAGCGUCUGGUGGCGAUGAACAUGCCCCUGAACAGCGAUGGGACAGUCAUGUUUAAUGCCACCUUGUUUGCUCUGGUCCGCACUGCUCUCAAGAUUAAGACUGAGGGUAACCUGGAGCAGGCCAAUGAGGAGCUUAGAGCUGUUAUUAAGAAGAUCUGGAAGAGAACCAGCAUGAAGCUGCUGGACCAAGUGGUGCCUCCUGCAGGCGAUGACGAGGUAACAGUGGGGAAGUUCUAUGCCACCUUCCUGAUACAGGACUACUUCAGGAAGUUCAAGAGGCGCAAAGAGCAAGGGCUCGUAGGAAGGCGCUCGUGGGAGAGACUGAACACAACCAUGGCUCUACAGGCUGGCCUGCGCACGCUGCAUGACAUUGGACCAGAAAUCCGUCGAGCCAUAUCAUGUGACCUGCAAGAGGGGGGCUUGGUAGAUGCUAAUGGAGAGGAAGAAGAAGAAAUCUACAGGCGUAACGGUGGUCUUUUUGGGAACCAUGUCAACCAUGUCACCACUGAUCAGCAAGGCUACUCUCACCCGACCACUGUCACCCAACGGCCGCUACAGAUCCUGCCCUUCUCCUGUAGUGCCUCAACUGAACCUGUCCAAACAGGCAGGAGAGCCAGCGACGUCGACCAGGGAGGGGAGACAGAGAUGAACUCUUCGCCCAUCCAGUAUAACCAUCAUUAUCACACCCUUCAUCCGUAUAAUUAUCCUCACUGUAUUUCCACUUGCCAUCAAUCGCCAAUACCCUCCAAUGCCAACCUCAACAACGCCAAUGUGCCCUCACUUCUCUCCAUGACCAACGGGAGGCAGCAGAAGUGUUUGUUAAGGCGAGACCGCCCAUCCUCUACCAAAAAUGGAUCAUCAGUGUCCACUUACAGCAAAGGAGUACAUGACAAACUUUGGAAGUCACACUCCAUAAGGACACGAUACUAUGAGACCUACAUUAGGUCAGAAAGUGGCGGUGUGCUCUACCCCACCAUUCGGCGAGAGGAGCCGGGGGGCGGGGACAGUGAUGACGAGCGGGGCUCUGGAGAGUACUACAGUGGGGAGGAGUUUCAUGAAGACGACAUCAUGCUCACAAAGGACAGGUUGUCCAAUAAGGACCACCAUGACGCAGAGGGAGACUCUGAACUCAAGGUUUCCAAGGGCGAACACCAGCAUGAUGGUUUCUAUGACGAUGACCAACAGCCGAUCUACCAAGAUGGCAGACGGUCACCUAGGAGAUGGCUUUUACCCUCACCUCAACCCUCCAACAGACCAACAUUUAGUUUUGAGUGUCUUCGCAGAAGAAGUAGUCAGGAUGACGCUCCUCCCUCGCCAACCUGCACAGCUCUUCCACUACACCUGGUGCAGCAACAGGUGAUGGCGGUGGCCGGUCUCGAUGCCAGCAGAAUUCAUCGCCUGUCUCCCACACGGUCGCUUCGCUCCUGGGUCACGCCUCCUGCUUCACCCAUCAGCCGUGACUGCUCACCCUGCUACACACCACUCAUACAGGUGGACUGGCGCAGUCCUGGCAGCGUUAGCAGCAUCCCCGGAGCAGUGAAGAGGAGUUCGUGGUAUACAGACAGCCUGGACGGUCCUCCCAGCCGCAGCCACUCUCCGUCGCGUCUGCAGUUACCUGCUGAGAGCUGCUCACGCUUCCUGCAGAAGAGAGGCAGCGCCAACAGUGUGGUGGAGGCUGUCCUGAUCUCUGAGGGUCUGGGGAAAUUUGCCAGGGACCCCAACUUUGUGUCAGCGACCACACACGAAAUCGCAGACGCCUGUGAGAUGACCAUCGAUGAGAUGGAGAGCGCUGCCAGUAACCUGCUGAACGGGAGCAUGGGUAACGGCAGCACCGGGGGACCAGGGAGCGCCAGCUCAGACCCACAUGCCAACGCGCAUCUUAGAGACAGCAGUAUACGCGACUACAGCGACGAGGAGCCGUACGUGGCUGUGAAAUGCGAGGAGGACCUAACAGACGAGAUGAUAUGCAUCACGUCGCUAUAGCAGCGGCUCACAUGGGAUUAUUUAGGUUUUUUCAAUUUAAUUUCUACUACUGUUCCACAGUGGGGGGAUGUCUCUGUUCAGCAGCGUCCUGCAAUAGACAGAAGAUGUCAAACAUGGAUGGAUAAGAGAACAAAGUGCCUUGUUUUCUCUUUCUGUGGAGUGGAGAAUGGAAACAUGGGAGAGUUGAGAGAAACAGAUGGCUUCUUGAAAGAGCUGAGAUAUAUUCAAACCAGAGGGAAUCAGUCCACUCGCCAGCUGCCUGUCAUUUAGCAGGAAUUCAGGGUACAGCUGAAUAAUCUGCCAGCCUUGCACAGCCAGCCCAGAGCUCGUCCUCUUCAGGAUAUUUUUAUUGUUUGUGCAAUGUACUGCAACACUUUGUUUUCAAAAUGAAAUAGCAACAUUGAUGGCUUUAAUUUGAGCAUGUUUGCAUCCAUAUUGAGUGAACAUUGUCGGGAUUGUGGGCCUUUCAUUCUUCUACUGCACUGCCCUAAAAUCACGUGACUUGUUCACUCAAUAUGAAGAGCCAAUAAAACAGAAAACAUGUCACCUUUUAAACUCAUUGAUAAGUGACUGAAAGAGUAAAGCUGGCUUUGCAAAGCUGCAUUUGUACUGCUGCAAAAUGUUUUUGGCUUUCCAACAACUCCCUGUUGAGUUUCACGUCAUGUAUAUAUAAUGUGUGAUUUUAACCUUCAGAGGUCAUGAGACACUGGUUCUUUACAUUACAUUUUGGCCUCCAUGACUCAAAUAACAACACAUUAUUUUUUUGUAAAUUUAUUUCAGCUAAUCUCAGUGCAGCGUUACGGUCACGCUGAUCUGGGUUCAGGGUUAAACGUCGCUUGUCUCAGUACUUGACUUGAAAAGGAAAUCACAUAUCAACGAAAAAGACUUUGUCCUCAGGCAUAUCCUUCUCUUUAACGUGCACACUGGUAUGACACACAGAAACAUAUCUCACAGUGUGUUUCUGUGUGUCACAUCAUCCUUCCC